CCAGUUCUGCAAGUCGACUCACGAGAUCUGCGCGACAGAGGACCGCGUCGCGUCGCCCGCCAUCGUCCCCGGAAUGGCCGCCCCGAACGUCGCCCCCAACCCUCACCAGGUCCCCCAACCUCAUUUUCCCAACAUCCCCGCCCAACAGCAGCUCAACGCUAACAAUGCUGCCUUCCGCGAGCGCAUGCAGCAUCUCAUCCAGCGCGCCAACCAGCUUCGGGCUGGCGGCGCUACCGUACAGAACAACGAGGAGUUCGCGAAGAUAUGGAACGUCAUCCAGAAUCUGCAGCAGCGACAGAGGCAAGAACAGGCCGCGGGCGAUCACUCACAUCCAGGAGUAAACGGCCAAGCCUCCAUGGGACCCAUAGCGAAUGGCGUACCCGCCACCAACGGCAACGCUCUGACAGCGGGACCUGUCUCCAAUCAACCCUAUCCCCAAGCACCGCAGACCCCCGUGUCCUUCACUCCCGACCAAAUCAACGCACUCCGUGCCCAAAUUCACGCCUUCAAGCUCAUAUCACGCGGCAUGCCUGUACCGGAACCCAUCCAGCAAGCGAUCCGUGUGCCGAACCAGGCUAUCCCCGAUUUACAGACCCUCCUCCACGGUGCUGAUGUGAAUGCGCGCGUCAUUGACAGCGCAGUCAAGAUCCAUAAGAGCACGAACGGCACUCCCGUCAACGGCGUCGUCGAGCAUCCCCCCGUGGCGGAAGUCACGCCGGCACCCCCGGAGACGAUCAAGGAAGAGGAGAUUGAGGCAGUCGAUCCCGAGAAGUUGCCGAAGGGGCCGUUGCUCGAGGAGGACGUCAACUCGGGAAUUUAUCCGUACAAUGCGUACACGCACCCAUUCACCUUCCUGAAGCGCGACCCGGACGUGAGUCCCGCGCUGUGGGCGACGAAGAUGCAGCGAUUGCUCGUCCCGUCGGUUAUGCCCGUCGGCCUAGACCCGCACCAAGUUAUCGAGGAGCGCAAUGCGUACAUCGACGCACGGAUCGAGCAGCGAAUGCGAGAGCUAGAGGCGAUGCCAGCCAUGAUGGGCGACGGCGGUCUGGAGAACCCGCUUGAGGAGGCCGAGAAUGCGGAGCCGCAGUCGCUCGAGCAACCUGCCUACGUCCACCCCCCGUCGAACACCCACGGGAAGCUUCGCGCCCUCAUUGAGCUGAAGGCGCUGCGCGUUGUGGACAAGCAGCGGCAGCUACGUGCGUCGGUGGCGGAACGGCUCAUGCAUGGAACGCUGCUCCCGCUGAAUCGGGCGGACUUCCGGAGGACGAGGAAGGUGCAGCUGCGCGACAUCCAUAAUACGGAGGUCGCGGAGCGCAAACAGCGUAUGGACCGCGAGCGUCGCGCGAAGCAGAAGCACAUCGAGCAGCUGGGCAUCAUCUGCACGCACGGGCGCGAGGUGCUCGCCGUCGGGCGGGCGGCGCAGGAGCGCGUCACGCGUCUGGGCAAGGCGGUGCUCAGCUUCCACGCGCACACGGAGAAGGAGGAGCAGAAGCGAAUUGAGCGACUGGCGAAGGAGCGUCUGAAGGCGCUGAAGAACGACGAUGAGGAGGCGUACAUGAAGCUCAUCGACACGGCGAAGGACACACGCAUUACACACUUGUUGAAGCAGACGGACGCGUACUUGGACUCGCUCGCGCAGGCGGUCGUGGAGCAGCAGCGGUCGGAGGGGCACGAGGCGGUGGACUACGACAUGGAGGAGGGCCCGGUGAGCGAGGCGACGUUCGGCGCGAAGGCGUUCAGUCAGGAGGAGGAUAAAGGGAAGCUGGACUACUAUGCGGUCGCGCAUAGGCUCAAGGAGAAGAUUUCGGCGCAGCCGAGCAUCCUCGUGGGCGGUACACUCAAGGACUACCAGCUGAAGGGUCUGCAGUGGAUGGUCAGCUUAUACAACAACAAGCUGAACGGUAUCCUUGCAGACGAAAUGGGUCUCGGGAAGACUAUACAGACGAUCUCGCUCAUCACCUUCCUCAUUGAGUCAAAGAAACAGCGCGGGCCAUACCUCGUCAUCGUGCCGCUGUCGACCAUGACCAACUGGUCGAGUGAGUUUGCCAAGUGGGCGCCGAGCGUGAAGAUGAUCUCGUACAAGGGCAACCCGGCGCAGCGGAAGGUCCUCCAGACGGACCUCCGGACGGGCAACUUCCAGGUCGUCCUUACCACGUACGAGUACAUCAUCAAGGAUCGGAUUCACCUCAGUAGGAUGAAGUGGAUAUACAUGAUCAUCGAUGAGGGUCACCGUAUGAAGAACACGCAGAGUAAACUAGCACAGACGCUCACGCAGUACUACCACUCCCGCUACCGCCUCAUCCUCACCGGGACGCCGCUUCAGAACAACCUCCCAGAACUGUGGGCGCUGCUCAACUUCGCGCUGCCGAAAGUCUUUAACUCUGUCAAGUCAUUCGACGAAUGGUUCAACACUCCGUUCGCGAACUCGGGCACGGGCGACAAGAUCGAGCUGAACGAAGAAGAGGCAUUGCUCAUCAUCCGUCGUUUGCACAAGGUGCUGCGUCCGUUCUUGCUUCGUCGUCUCAAGAAGGACGUCGAGUCGGAGCUGCCGGACAAGGUCGAGAAGGUGAUCAAGGUCCGCAUGUCGGCGUUGCAGUCGCAACUGUACAAGCAGAUGAAGAAGUACAAGAUGAUCGCGGACGGCAAGGACGCUAAAGGCAAACCGGGUGGCGUCAAGGGUCUGAGCAAUGAGCUUAUGCAACUGCGGAAGAUCUGCCAGCACCCGUUCUUGUUCGAAAGCGUCGAGGACAGGGUCAACCCGAGCUCAAUGAUCGACGACAAGCUCAUUCGGAGCUCGGGCAAGAUCGAGCUGCUCUCGCGAAUCCUGCCGAAGUUCUUCGCUACCGGCCACAGAGUCCUCAUCUUCUUCCAGAUGACGAAGGUCAUGGAUAUCAUGGAGGACUUCCUCAAGAUGAUGGGCUGGAAGUACCUCCGUCUCGACGGUGGUACGAAGACCGAAGACCGUGCAGGUCAUGUCCAGCUCUUCAACGCUCCCAACUCCGAGUACAAGGUCUUCAUUCUCUCGACUCGCGCUGGUGGUCUUGGCCUCAACUUGCAGACCGCCGACACUGUCAUUAUCUUUGACAGUGAUUGGAAUCCUCAUGCGGAUCUCCAGGCGCAGGACCGUGCUCACCGUAUCGGUCAAACCAAGGUUGUCCGUAUCCUGCGGUUCAUCACGGAGAAGAGUGUUGAGGAGUCGAUGUUUGCGCGCGCUCGGUACAAGCUCGACAUCGAUGACAAGGUCAUCCAGGCCGGUCGUUUCGACAACAAGUCGACCCAGGAGGAGCAGGAGGAGUUCUUGCGUUCUAUUCUCGAAGCCGAUCAAGAGGAGGAGAACGAGGAGGCCGGCGACAUGAACGACGACGAGAUCAACGAGAUCAUCGCCCGUUCAGACGAGGAGGCCGUGAUCUUCCACGAAAUCGAUGUUCAACGCGAACGCGAGGCUCUGGAGAAAUGGCGGCGCGCUGGUAACCGCGGCAAGCCCCCACCGCCCCUCAUGCAACUUGAAGAGCUUCCGGAGUGCUAUCGGGCGGACGAGCCAUUCGCCGAGCCUGACGCCAUCGACGAGCUAGAGGGCCGUGGACACCGUCGUCGCACCGUUGUCAACUACAACGACGGUCUCAGCGAUGACCAGUGGGCAUUGGCCUUGGAGGAGGGUGAAGACCUACAGGAGCUUUCCGAGCGUGCCCGUGAAAAGAAAGAGCGUCGUGCCCAGAACAAGCUACUCAAGGAUAUUGACAUCGUCGACUCGCCGGGUCCCGACCUCGACACUCCUCGUGGUAGUCGUAAGAACAAAAAGGGCAAGGGCAAGGUGCCCGCGGCCGACUUCGAUCUAGGCACUCCCGCGAGCAGCAGCAAGAGAAAGCGUGGCGGCGGCAAGUCGACAUCAAUGACUCCCUCGCUCAUUGACGAUGAGGAUGAUGAGCGCGACACUAAACGCCGCAAGACGAAGCAGGAGCUGCCACCACCCAUCAAGGAGAAGAUGAAGAAAGCUCUUAACGACGUUCACAAGGCUGUUCAGAAUCUCGAGGACGAGACGGGCCGGAGGCGCAGCGACUUGUUUAGGGAACUCCCAGAUAGACGGGAAUACCCUGACUACUAUCAGCUCAUUCAGCAACCUAUCGCCCUUUCGACCAUCCGGAAGCGUAUCAGCUCGCAUUACUACAAGAAUGUCCUCGACUUCCGGGAAGACAUGCGACUGAUGUUCAAUAAUGCUCGAACGUACAAUCAGGAGGGCUCAUGGGUGUAUGUCGAUGCAGAGGAGAUGGAAAAGGUAUUCGACGCUGCAUUCGCUAAGCACAUCGUCGGCAGCGGCCUACCUGGGGCACCAUCAGGCAGCGCGGCCGGCGGUUCGUCUGGUGGCUAUGACUCGGCACUGACGCCCGUGGACGACGACGACUCGCGACCAGCCCCUUCUCGUAGCAAGAGUGCACGGAAGCAGGUCAUAAGCGAUGAUGAAUACAUGACCCCGAGCGACGAGGAGUGAGAGUUUUCUUGAACGACGUUGUGCCCUUGGCUUUCCGGAUUUUGCGCUCGUUCUAGCUUUGUCCUAUCUCAUGUAAUACUAUUUUGUAGUUAAUAGAGAAUGUGUAAUUCGCGAGCUGAUUCUCCC